AUGGACGAAGAUGAGCACGAGGUGUACGGCGGGGAGAUCCCCGACGAGGGGGAGAUGGAGGGCGACAUGGAUUCCCAGAACGUCGACAUGGACAUGUCCAGGACGGAGGAUGACGCCGUCAAGGUCCUCUCCACCGCCAUAUUCCUUCCUCCUUUGCUCCGAAACGUCCGAUCACGUUCGAUUUCUUUUCGGACAUGUAACCUAACCCUAGAUUUGCGUCAGGAACUGGAUGAGAUGAAGAAGCGGCUCAAGGAGAUGGAGGAGGAAGCCGCUGCCCUACGUGAGAUGCAGGCGAAGGUUGAGAAGGAGAUGGGCGCUGUUCAGGGUCUGUUUCUCAUUCCUCUUCUUCCUGGAUAUAUAACUUUGUCAACAAGAAAAUAGCUGUAUGCUUGGUUGAUCCCUUUCGUACGCCUCUAGGUAGAAUAUAUUCAUUCUAAGAUCUGAUAGGGUAAGCCAGCUUGUUGUUAUCUAAGGGUUUUGGGGGGCUACGUCCAUGGUUCAAAGCUCAAUAUGUUUUGUUUCCUUGGCCUAAAUCUGUAACGUCCUUUUUCUGUUGAAGUCGUUCCAUUCUUAUAAUCUCGGCGAUCUCUUUGAUAAAUUUAUCAUCUAUGUUUCCUCUGUUAUCUAUUUGAGGUUCACAAGUAAUCUUUAGAAGAUCAACCUACAUUUAGACUGUGUGGAUAUGCCUAUAUGUCUGUAGCGUUUCCUGGGAGACAUCAUGUUGGGACCUAAAUGGUACUUGGGGUGCUUUAGUCUAAUGUCCUAUGAGAUUUUGCUGAUCAAUGGAAAGUUAGUAAUUGGUCCAAUGGAAAUUGUGAAGAUUGUGCUUAUGUAACUGUUUGGUUACAUUUCCUUCUGCUCCGAAUCCAUCUUAAAGUUUUGGGAAACUUUCAUCAUUAUCUGUAGUCAGACAUGGUUAUAUAACAAGUAACUAGUUUAUUUUCCACCCACUAAGUAGCCACAUAAGAUUUACGAUGUGCCUUUCCCCGCAAAGAAAAUUUUGUAGAGAAAUGAAAUCACAUUGCCUCAUCCUGUUGAAGUUGACGCUAGUUGGCUCAGCCAAUUGAAUAAAUUACCGAAUGUUCAGAUCAUUCUUCAGAUUUAGGGUUUGAAGAUGCAUGCCCGCCCCCCGCCCCCUCCAAUUGAAGCGAUUACUUUAAAUAGGGAGUGAUUCCACUUACUAGAGAGGCUUGUGUAGGUAUCAAAGAUCAAUGUGACUGGUAGCAGUAGGAACGAUUGGCGUCAUCUGUUUAUGGGAAGGCCGAUAUCAUAGGUUGGGAAAUACAGACAAUUGGAUUGUUGGGAGGAGUGGUGACAGGAGCAGCAAUUUUAAGAUAUAGAAUGAGGAUGUUUUGUCUCUCGUCUCAUAUUCUUUGGAAGACCUACGAAAUUUCAUUGAUUUUCAUGUAAUUCCUACAUUGUGAAAGUAACCACGGUCUUGAAGCAUCUCCGUUGCUUAGACUGGUAGCUGGGGAAUGAGCUGGGAUGGUGGUCGUCGUGGGUAAGAAUAUUGGUUGCACUCUCAUAAAAUACAUUACCUGUUCUUUGCAAUGAACGACUAUUUCAUGGAUUUUUUAUCUGAACAUCUGUAAUAUGUUUCACCAUAUUUACCGUUAUUGAUGUCAUGGAUACCUAUCUCCUUGGUUUAUAAAAUAUGUAUGGCCAAUCAUAAUGAUGUAAUCAGAGUAUUAUAACCAGACUAUUUAUGUCAUUCUUGGGACGUCGGCUUUUAUCUGUUUUUUAAUCUUUUAUUUUCAGAUCCCGCUACUGCUGCUGCAUCUCAAGCAAAUAAGGAAGAAGCUGAUACACGAUCUGUGUUUGUUGGCAAUGUAAGUAUCUUUGUUUUUAUUUAAUCUAUUUGGACGUGCUGGUCACUUCAUUUCGUUUUUACGUUAAUUCGGUCAUCUCAACUUUUAUGCCUCAAGGUAUGUAAGAUGACGAUAGUUGCAUUGUAAGGAAUAAACCUGUGGUUUCCUUUAGUCGAUGGGUGGCUGGAGUGUUCUACCAAAUUCAUUGAUAGAAUUGAUUCAUUCGAAGUGCAACUAUAGUGUUACGAAUGUUUCUCUUUUAUUCUAAUCUAAAAAAGGAGAAAAAAAUAAAGCAUGUCUUGAUCACGGAUCCUCUUCAAUUCCAGCAUGUUGUCUUUGCUUGUUCAAGUGGUGAUCAACAAUAUGGUCAUUUUUCAGAUGAUCUCACAUUGUUCUAAAGCAAGUUUGUUACUUCGACCGAUUGCAUACUUUAAAUAUAUAAUACAACCGUAACUAUAAACAUUUUUGACGAAAUGUUUACUGUUCAGCACUUAUGCAUUCCACCAAAAAAACUGAAAGACAUACGUGAAACGCCACCUUAUUUUAUUGUAACAAAUAACAUUGGACGAAGUUGGAUAUGAAUUUUUUUCUUGAAAUUUAUUUAUGAUAUGGAAUAUAACAUAUCAGUAUUUACGUUGUGGGCUGUACUGCUGCUUGCCUAGGUGACACCUUGAAAACUAUGUUUUAAAGAGUGAUUUAAAAAGAGCUCAUAUCCUUUAUGCACUGUGGUCUGGAAUACCUUAUAGGACCUUUUUUUUUUUGUUCGUCUUCCACUUAAUUUUGUGGUUAUGAUUCCUAUCCACAUUUCUACAUUUGUGGUGAACUACAUAUGUUCUUGGACUUGAAGUACUUUCUGGGCUCUUAUUCAUGUACAUCGAUCUGUUACUAUUUCAAAAUUGGAAUAGUUGAAUAGGAGAUCUACCGUCACUAUGGGAAAUCCGGUUCUUUUGGGCUCUUAGUCUGUUCCACAAAUUGUUAGCAUCUACUAUUGUAUCCAAGGAAAACGGGAGGAAAAUAUUCAUAUCGAAAGCGUCAAAUGGCAUGCUUGAUAAAUUGAUCUUUUUACCUGAGGACAAGGUGAUUUGAACAAUUCAAAGAAUAUAAGAUUGAUUCAGAUGGCUAUGGAGGGUUACUGAAGCAGAAUUAAAAAUAUUCAGACAAGAAAAUACCUUAAAGAUAAAUAAGAAGUUCAGUUUAGGUGAAUGAUUAAAGAGAUUGUUCUUUUAUUUAGAAAGCGAACUUGUUGCGAACGUAAUCAAUAGAAGAAUCUUGGAUUUAGCAAGUGAUCUUAGGAUAUACAUAUAUAUAUAUAUGUAUAUGUAUUACACUUGUAGAUCUACUUAGCUUUGGAAAAUCUACGUCGUUUUCAUUUUGAAUUCCUUCUUGCCUUUUCUUUUAAUUCCAGUUAAGAGAACUCAUCUCCCGGUCAUUUCUGUAUUGUGCUUUGAAAAUGAGUUAGGCUGUUAGUAUGUCUCUUCAAUUGGUUGACACAGCCUUCGUGAUUCCUUCCUGUCUGACAAUAUUUGUAUUUAUUUAUUAAUAUUUUAUGGCCUGCCCAUAUCCAUUUCUCUUUCAAUCGGUGGUCAAGGUGUCUUUCUUGUACUCACAUUUUCCCAACCUGAGGCAUUCAGUGUGGUACUACUCUCUGGCAACAUGGGAUGGCCAAUGGUUCUCUUUUCCUUUUGUUUCCCCUUUUUAUUAGUUUUAAAUAGAAGUUUUUUGGGCUGCUUCGUUCUUUGACUUCCUUAUAAUUUUCCACUCUUAGAACAGUCAUGUAGCGUAAUCAGCCUGGUUUCAUAAUUUAAUCUGUGUAUCCUUUCCUAUGAUUCUCAUGUUUGAAUUGUUUGUAAUGGCUUUCUAUAUUUUCAGAUGUGGAGUUGUCCUUUGACCAUAUGCCUAAUAAUGGUCGCAGGGUUGCCCUUCAAUCUUCUAAGUCCUUGGAACACAGUUCUUGGGAUGCCAGUAAUCUCUGGUUUAGGAUACCUGGUCCUUAAAGAGAAGAAAAAUAGAAAAUUUGCCGAAUGAAUAUCAGAAAAGAAAUGUGGAAAAAAAUUCUAAGCAGCCCCCCAAAAGAGAAAACUGAGGGCACAAAAAAUACAAAUAUGUCAUGAGAAGUGUAAAAAAAAUGAGGUGAAAAAAAGUUGAAAGAAAAAAAAAAGGUGACGGUAUUCAUAUCACAUGAGUAAAAAGAUGGAUAAGAAGGGAAAAAUAGAUGUACGACCAGAGGGAUCUGUAGUCCCAAGUCUGGGAGGGCUUAGUAGAUUGAUGAUACAACGAUCCAGGACCUAAAAUGCUGCUUGCGGCUGAAUUUGUUGGCUCCAUGGACAUUGAAUGUUGAAUGAAAGAUGAAAGUCUGAUGCCUCUGAGGUUCCUAGUUUCCUUGUGUAACACGGUAAGAGGUCUUUGAUCUCUUACUCAUGGAUUUGGUCUCUUCAUCUAAUUUUUUUUCUUGCAAAAUCUUUACAUUAUUUCAUUGUAUGCUGUUAUCUGCUUCUUGUCGAAACAUGAACCGCUAAAGAAAAAUAAUCUAAUCGUCUGCUGCUUUUAUUUAACAUUUUCAUAUGCUUGUAUUAUGGGGAGAGAAUUACGUGGGUCAUUCCAUAAUAGUUAGUUCUGUUUAAGCCCUUGGCUGUGCUACGUUAGUCUCACUAAUGUGAUAUUUUAACCUUGCGACAUUAUGUUUAUCAUUAUGCUAGGUUAGGUUUUCAUCUUAUUGGACAUUGGGGCUGCAUUUUUAUUUUUAUUUUUAUUUUAAACAUAAUAACAUAUCUUACUUAAUAUCAAUCGUUGUGGGGAGCGAAUGCUCCUGCUCAUCUUCUCGUUUAUGACGUUGCCUAAGGUCCUAUGCCUCAUUCUAACAUUAGAGCGUCUCCAAAAGUUGCCAUCCAAAUACAUGAUAGAUCAUGGUGAACAACGAAUUUAGGUUUUUACUUGGAGAGGGACCCGUUUCAUUCAGAAAUUUUGAGUUUUUUUCUCUCUCCCAACAUUUAGGCUCUCGUGAUCCAUUCUGUUGAAUAUGUUUGGUGGGGGCUGUUUUGAGUACCUUAUAUUUGUUUAUUUGAAAUCAUUUGUCAGUUACUGUUGAGUGAUCUUACCAUCAUCUGAUCGAGAAACAGGAUUGUUCAGCAAAAUUUAGGGUUUCAAUAACAUAUGGAAACACAAUCGAAGUAGGGUUUUGGUAGCGUGUUAACAUAUGGAUUAUCCUUUUGUAUCCUCCCUAAAGUAGAAAUUUUGGAUAAUCUCUCAUCAAGAGGGCUAUAAUCUCUCUCCCCCUGUCUCUCUCUCUGUCUCUCUCUCUCUGUGAGAUGAUAGGAGAUCUUGGUACCCGGUAGUAGAUGAAAGAAAUCCUUUGCUUUUUUGUAUAACCCAUCAGAAAUGAGAUAUGUUGCAGAUCAUCUCAUAAAAUUCUGUGGGCUUCUUGCUCAACAACCCACUGUGGGGCACCCCAAUCUGACGGCGUUUUUGGCAUGGGCGCUUCACAAUCUUUCCCACUGCAGGUGGACUAUGCCUGCACUCCCGAGGAGGUCCAGCAGCACUUCCAAUCCUGUGGGACGGUCAACCGGGUCACCAUCCUCACCGACAAGUUCGGCCAGCCAAAGGGCUUCGCCUACGUGGAGUUCGUCGAGGUCGACGCCGUCCAGGAGGCCCUCGUCCUCAACGAGUCCGAGCUCCACGGCCGCCAGCUCAAGGUCCUUCCCUCCCCCCUUCUUCUUCUUCUUGUUAUUAUUAUUAUUAUUAUUAUUAUUAUUAUUAUUAUUAUUAUUAUUAUUAUUAUUAUUAUUAAAACUUUAUCCAAUGGUACCUGAUGGAGCUUAGGACCGAAUUCGCGAUUAUAUAUAGAUAUAUAAUAUUUUAUUUUAUUUUAUUGCGUUUUAUCCCAGGUUUUGCCUAAGAGGACGAAUGUGCCCGGAAUGAAGCAGUUCCGCCCGCGGCGUUUCAGUCCCUACGCGGGAUACCGCUUCCGCCGGCCCUACGUACCGCCUUAUUUCUACUCCCCCUACGGCUAUGGGUCGGUCAACCCUUUCUCUCGCCUCCACUUCUCUCUCCUUCCAUCUCUCUGUGCCUUGAUGAAAAGUUGACUCUUUUAUUUUGUCUACAGGAAGGUCCCGAGGUUCAGGAGGGCGACUCGCUAUCGGCCCUUCUGA